AAUCACCCCGCAAUUUUCUAGACCCGCCCGUUUCUCGAACUUUCCAGGGAACACGCGCUUAGAAAUCCAAUCAAAGGCUCUAUCAAACCCUACCAAAAUCAAGGGUCCUUUGCUCUUCUCUCCCGUCCUCUAAACUUGAGUGUACCCAAGUCAAGUUACCUUACGUGUGUCGUUGUGGCUCGCUCGCUGUUUCCAGUAAACUACCUACUUACCUACUCCCUACUCCCUGCUUCUUGUCUUUCUACCUUAUUAGAGUGAACAGCUUGGUUCCCGUCCUUUUCCGCCCACUUCACACUGCGACUUUUCUUGAUUCUGUUUUGUUUUGCUCUGCUGUGCAGUUUAUCCUCCUCUUCUUUCUAUGCCGUCAUCAUCAUAUCAGCCAGCGAGCGCCUUUAUAGAUAACCGGGUUCCCUUGUCCGAGCAUCCGGAAUACAGUAACGAAUCUUCUAUUACGGCAUUAAUUACUUUCCAGUCUUACCACACCUCACUACCACUCGCCCCCCGGUCUCACGCACUGCACUUGAUUCAACAUGUCUAAGGCGCAACAGCUCAAGGAUGAAGGGAACAGCCGUUUCAAGGUCGGGGACUACUUUGGCGCCGACAGCCUCUACUCCAAAGCCAUCAUCGCCGACCCCAAAAACCCACUGCUCUAUACUAAUCGCGCCAUGGCCCGUCUUAAGCUUGAGUUAUGGGACUCAGUGGUCGCCGACUGCGAAGCUUGUGUGCAGCUAGCGCCUAACAACAUGAAGGCCCGGUACUACCUUGCGCAAGCACAGAUCGCUCUUCGUGAUUAUGACGCUGCGGUCAAGAGCGCUCUGCAUGCGCACAAGCUGUGCGUUGAAACGGGAGACCGUUCACUCGCUGCUGUGACGGAUCUCGUUCUUCGCUGCAAGAAAGAGCGUUGGGAUGAUCUCGAGAAAAAGCGUGUUCGCGAAUCACGGGAUCUUGAAAGGGAGAUACUUGAAUUAUUGGCCAAGGACAAAGAGACUAUGCUGGCCGAGACUGAUGAUGAUGCCAUGGUGAGGCAGGAAAUCGAGGAGGAGAGCGCUGCCAAGAUUCAGCGGAUGAGGGAGAUCUUUGAGAGAGCAAGGGCAGAUGGUGAGAAGAAGAGAGAGGUUCCAGACUGGGCCAUUGACGAUAUCAGCUUUGGCUUCAUGGUCGAUCCCGUCAUGACCAAGACUGGAAAGUCAUACGAGCGCGCGUCGAUCAUGGAGCACCUGAAUAGGCAUCAUAGUGACCCUCUCACGCGCGAGCCACUUGUCCCUGCCGAGCUACGGCCAAACCUUGCACUGAAGCAAGCCUGCGAGGAGUUCCUCGAGCACAACGGUUGGGCUGCUGAUUGGUAGAAGAAGAGGAAGAAGCAGAUGACGACCAAAGUUGGCAGGCAAUAAGCGGAUCGGAGGUCUUUUGAUUAAAACUUUGUUAAAUGCUUGGAGUUUGAGGUGUUCAGAAGCUUAUCCCAGAGAUGCUUUGGACUGGUAUAGCGUAACGGUUUGAACGAAUUCAUGAAAUGAAUAACGGCAAUUCUCCUCUUAAUCCUGUACGAUCGCUCGUGCAACCAGCGCUGCAGCCAGUCGUCUCGUAGAUAGUAUCUUUUAGCGUAUACAACUGAUCUUUAUUCAUCA